AUGGCUAAGGUCGGGGCGAUAGCGGGAAGCAUGUACCACAUGGCCAUGUUCUUCCUGUUGAGCACGAUCGUGUUGGGGGCCGCCUUCAUCGCGACCUCGAUGUCCUCGCGGUUCUUCAAGUGGUCGGUGGAAGGCUGCGCCGCGUUCGGUAACGGAGACGUCCCCGGCAGCAGCGAGAGAAUCAUCGUUUACGACCUCGACGUGACGGUGGACAUCGGCUGGAGGGAGUUCACCGUGACCACGCUGGACCAGGGGACCGAGACUAUCGGCGAGUGCUUGGAGGAGCUGAAGCAGGGGCAAACCUACUCCAUCGGAGACUACCAGGACAACAAUGCCUCCCUGGCAGGACUGGGCAUGGUGGCUUCUUGGGCCCUCGGCGUGCUCGUCGCGCUCUACACGUUCGUGGCUUUGCUGGGGGCGAGGCAUGGGCAGAGGAGGGGGGGUGUAUCCCUCAAGAUGCUGACGAAGUGGUGUGCCUUGUUCACCGUUGGUUUGGUCACCGCCACGACGGUGUUCUGGUGGCUGGUAGAGGGCAAGUUCGGGAAGCGUCAGGAGUCAUUGGCCCCCCGUCUGUUCCAGCGGGUAGAGGAGGGAGCGAAGCUGUGUAGCAACAGCAGCACGGAGGACCAGUGCAAUGAAGCCACCUGGUCGAUGGACGCCCCUGGCUGGGCCCUCUCUAUGGGCGUGACUGCGAUGUUCGCGUUCGGGGCUGCGACGUUCUUGCUCUGGAUCAUCGCCCCCCGCGUGGACCACCUGAACAGCGGCAUCGAGGAGAUCGAGGUGGCGGAACCCGCUAAGCCGCCUGUCGGAAACAUCGUCAUGGAGAAGACGCCGUUGCCGGAAGAAAAGACGAGGGGAAAAGACCGCCGUUCGGCAAAGACUGGCGUUCGCGCGGGCGGCAAGGCGCCGAGCUCCACGGUGCAGGGCGGAGGCCCCGCGGACGCUGGACCCGACCCUAUGACCUACGCGUUGGAGGAGGGCCGCGACGAGGAGCUCGGUUCGGUGGACGACGACGACGAAGAAGAGGUGGUUUACCAGAACCACCAGGUGCACCACGCCGUUAUCAACCACAGCAACCCCAACCCGACACAGAUGGUGGAUGAUCAAGGAGCGAGCCAGCGUGAGGGCCGGGCAGGCAGUGUGCCAAAGGAAGGUGGAGCAGCCCGUGCCACGCCUCUGUUCCUAUAAAAUUUGUCCGGGAGAACGAGUAGCCACGACGAUGACAGAACCCUCUGGUGGCCACGAAGGAAAUGUACCCUACAGUAGUGGUCGUGACGAGCGUACCUCCUGUUAGUGGUCACAAGGAGUGUACCUUGUGGUGGCCACGAAGGUGUAUCCUCUAGUGGCCAAGACGAAAAGAACGCUUGUCACAAGGUCUCAUGAGCGCUUCGCCCAAGACGACUAAGACGAGACUUGCGGCAAUAGCCACGACCCACAUGCAGCGAUGCGUGUGGUACAGUACAGACGUAGAGGGGUAGGAUCAAGAGACCUAACCAAUGCUCGUCCGCUCCUGGACGGUCGCUAUCGCUAUUAAAGCUAGCUCUAUUGCCGGUUCCGACUCAUUUGGCUUUCUUUCUCCCACGACUUCAUUGCGACUUUACUCACUUCCGUACGUUAACUCACCCGACUUAGUAGCGUACCUGGAACAACUUGCAUCGUUGUUGUUUUUUCUUUUUUUGCCCAACUUGGAUGUUGCGCAAUCCUUGCGCUCCCCCCUCCGUACACCUCUGUCUGAUGCAUUGAUGCCCAUCCGUCCUUGUCACUUUCACCGCCUCUUGCAUUGUCAACACCCACCCGUCUUGUCACUUUCGCCGUCUCUUGCAUCAAAAUCCACCCGUCUUCUUGUCUCCGCACGGCGAUGAAGCAGGCAGCAGCAGCAGCAGCAGCAGCAGCAGUACAACAGGGGGUACAGCCGUGCCACGAGCGGCGGGAGCUACGCCACCGGCGGUGGUCACUCCUUCGACGAACGAUCCGAGGGUGACUACUCCGAGACAGCCUCGUCCGCGCAGUACUACGGGGGGGGGCAGGGGGGGCAAUCGUUCAUGUCGAGCAGUAGCAGAGGGGAAAGCUUCGAAGAUUACCGCUAAGUCGCGAGAACAAAGCCAAGUGGGGGGGUUGUUUUGGUCUAGCGGUUGGUUUGGGCCGGUUCGCAGAGAACGGGGUUCUUUUCUGGUAUGUUCAACCGUAUGAGAGGGUUGACAUGUUGGAUGCGUUUCUGGUGUGUGCAACCGUGAGAGGACGUUUUUCUGGUAUGUUGAACCAUAUGAGAGAAUUGACAUGUCGGUGCGUUUCUGGUAUGUUCAACCAUAUGAGAGGAUGGACAUGUCGAGUGACUACCUUUCUGGUAUGUGCAACCAUGUCAGCGGAUGGACUUGUCCAGCAGGAGUUUCAGUCGAAAUCGCCAUGGGCGUUCUGAUCUGUAUGGUGUGUGUUUCGCACUACGGCAGGUUUUGCAUGUGGCAGCAGUGCUCCUGUGGAAUAGAGCAUCGUUCACUUUUCUGCAGAACUGCUCUUCCCCGCAGGCAAAACUUGUUUGUACACCGCAAGGGGAGGAACGUCUUUCGUUUUAUCGACCAAGCCGGCACCCCGGCACUACAUGCAGCAGUUGGUUGUACCAGACCUCUUGUUGUUCGCUUCCAAGAGGUGCUUCUCUGUUGCUGCUACUGGCACCAUCGUUGCCUGUAAGUGUUGUGCUUGUUGGCGGCUGGCCCCUAUUCCUUGCGCGAGAACGGAUGUUAUGUUUUUGUCUUUGCACGGGGGAGUGGUUCAUUAUUCGGGGAUGGGAUAGCAAUCGUGUACGUACCGUAUGUGGAGAGAAAAGAGACAUGUUUGUCCUGCAGCACCUUUAUGCGAAUCUGUGUGCCUGUAAUGCUUUUUUGUUCUUCUGUUGCCCUUGGAAAAGGUAGGGCGUUGUAGACUGGCGUCCUCCGGCUUGCGUAUUAACUCCGCACGUGUGUUCUGUGAUGUACCAUAGUAGUUCUGGCGGGUUGGAUGGCGUGGAUCCGCAGAUGAUACGGAUGCGACGCCUGAAGCCAUUAGCAGAUCAUGCCGCUUUGUUGCUCCGCCUGCAGAACGGUCUUCUCAAGUCGUUCGCGUGUAUCGUCCAAGCUGUCGAAUCUCGCUGCCUUUUGCUAGGCUGUGCGCGGUAGCCUUUGCAGUGUUUCUCGAUUACGUAUACCGAUGUGUUCCCGCAUUCGACGGAGAUUUCGAUGGUGGGAUGUGUUUUUGGCGAUGGGGCGGGGGCGGCGAGUUUUGAUUUCUCCCGCGAUGCGCGCUCCAAGUUGUGCGGGGUGUGUGUUUUGUCGUCUGUGUUCGUCCUGUCAUGAGCCGUGUGUCUACGUAGCGGCAACUUGCGACUUGAGUGAGUACGUCCCUGCUCAGCGAUCAGUUUUUCGCUCUCUGUCCGCUGGCCAGGCCAAUUAUGUUGCAGCGCGCGUUGCGUCCUGUCUUUUGCCGUUUUUUUUUUUCCCGGCUGCAGCACUGGCAGACGCGGCGGAGGACCAUGUAUCCCCUCUGUUCGAUGUUGAAAUAUUUCUUGAUUCGGUGUGGAUCUAUAUAUUCUUCUGAUUUUUUCGUCGAACGUCCCGUUUUUUGUCUACGUCAGCUUGUUGUGGGCACGACGGACGGCUCUCGCGGGAAAGAUGACGGUUCUGAUGCUUUAUUUGCGCCGGGCGUGCGGUGAUUAACGUUUUUGUAGUCGAUCUGUGUACUGUAGUGAAUCGUCGAGGUAACAGUGUUUACAGAACAACGUUGACGGGAAGUCACUCGGUGAUGUUUUAGGUGGCCUAAAUUGCUAUAGCCCUCAACCGGAAAGAAUAAGCUAACAUAAAUUGAAGCGUUUGUGUACAGUGGGGAUGCUAAUGGGGUGGUGUUGUGAAGUGACCCAAGGGUCACCACUAUCAGUGGUCGGUCGCUCGUGCGACGGCAGGAUUGAGGGGGCCCACGUCCCCACUAGAACUUGUAACGGCAGUAUGAAGCAAAUACCCGGUUCCAUUCCGGUAAGGGCUUUGGCUCGUUCUGUGAGAGGACGCGUUGAAAUAUUCAAUCGAUGCUGCUUUGCUCGUCCGCCCAUUUGCAUGCGCGCGGGCGCAGAUCUAUCUGUGGAAGAGACGAAAUAUUUGUUGUGUGUUUGUAAUUGUAUUCCUUAAGAAAAUUAGAACA